GCGAUUUGCUGUAUAAUUUCAAACCACAAGCAACUCUCUAUCCAUUCAACUACGCAUAUGCAUGCAACUAUCUACCGUACAUGACUCUAACAAAAUGCUCAAAAUCUCUCACAUAUGAACUUGGAACAUCAAAACCUUGAUCCAUUUUAAAGAACAAGGUACAAUGGAAGCUCUCAGAGCCUCCUCUUUUUCUUCAUUUCAAUUCACAACGAUCCCACCUAGACUCCCCAGACCCCAAUUCCAGAAACCCAUGUUGAAUUUUCCAAUCAACCAUCGACCCAAUUCAUCUUUCUCAUCAAUCCACCACAACAAACUAGAAUCCAGGCUUUUUACAGCCACAUCGCCAACCGUUUCCGCAGAAUUUGCCGACCCACCUGAACAAGAACUUGAAUUUGACAGCCAGGGAGAAAAGUUCGACUGGUUUGCUCAGUGGUACCCGGUUAUGCCGGUGUGUGACCUGGACAAGAGGGUCCCGCACGCAAAGAAAGUGUUGGGUCUCGAUGUGGUGGUGUGGUGGGAUAGGAAUGAGAAUGCGUGGAAGGUUUUUGAUGAUAGGUGCCCUCACAGGUUGGCUCCAUUGUCUGAAGGAAGGAUUGAUCAGUGGGGGAGGUUGCAAUGUGUGUACCAUGGUUGGUGUUUCAGUGGCUCUGGUGAUUGCAAAUUCAUUCCUCAGGCACCCCCAGAAGGUCCUCCGGUCCACACAUUCAAAAAUGCAUGUGUCGCUGUUUAUCCCACUACAGUGCAGAAUGACAUUGUUUGGUUUUGGCCAAACUCUGAUCCUCAAUACAAAGAUAUCAGCACAAAGCAAAAACCCCCAUAUAUGCCAGAAUUGGAUGACCCAUCAUAUACUAAAUCGAUGGGGAAUAGAGAUAUACCAUAUGGGUAUGAGGUUUUGAUUGAAAAUCUUAUGGACCCUGCUCAUGUUCCAUAUGCACAUUACGGAAUAAUGCAAAUUCCAAGACCUAAAAACAGUGUGAAGGCCGAUAGAGAAGGGGGCCGACCACUUGAUAUGAGCAUAAAGAAAUCCGACCUUAAUGGUUUUAUUGCAAGGCAGGAGGCGGGCUACAGUAGAUUUAUCGCACCUUGUAUUUUUUCUGCUUUUACUUCUCUUGCUGCUGAUCAAAGUAAUGGAUCUGCGUCUUCAGCUGGGACGAAAGAGGAGCCAUCUUCACCUGCGGCACAGCGCAGACUUGCUCUAAUUUUCAUAUGUGUUCCAGUCAGUCCGGGUAAUAGCAGAUUGAUAUGGACUUUUCCGAGAAACUUUGGAGUUUGGAUUGAUCGAAUUGUUCCACGAUGGCUGUUUCAUGUUGGUCAAAACUUGAUUUUAGAUUCAGAUCUUUAUCUUCUACAUUUGGAGGAACGAAAGAUAAUGGACAUUGGUCUCUCCAAUUGGCAGAAAGCUUGUUUUGUUCCAACAAAGUCGGAUGCCCUGGUUGUUGGUUUUAGAAGGUGGUUGAACAAGUAUGCAGGUGGUCAAGUUGAUUGGGGAACCAAGUUCAGUGGAGCCCUUCCCCCUUCUCUGCCAAGAGAACAGCUACUGGACAGGUAUUGGUCCCAUGUCGUGAAUUGCAGCAGCUGCAGGGUUGCAUAUAAAGGUCUUAAUGUGGUUGAGGUUGUGUUACUAGUUAUCGCCUUCGCUACUAUUGGGAUCGUUGCCGCAGUAAAGCAGGAAAUAUUAUCAUCGGCCGCGCGCAAUACUCUAGUUGUGAUAGCAGUUCUGUGCUUUGUGGGUUCAAGGUGGUUGUCUCACUUUGUCUACAAAAAUUUCCAUUUCCAUGACUAUAACCAUGCCCUUCGCUGAGACUCUGUUCCGGAUACAUUAGUUUGAUACCGCGGUAUUUGUAUAUGUACACUGACACGAACGCUACCCGAUUAUAGUUUGUACGAAAAUAUGAUUAGGAAAAAAAACUUGUCGAGAAAGUACAAAAUUUAUCGAGUUCUUGUUGUUAA